UUGUCAGUUCAUCGUACUGAACACUCACUUACUUAUACUCCUAAUCUUCCUCCCUUUUCUUCCAAUUCAAUUCUUCUUCUUCUCAAUUCAUUACCUACUAUAUAUAUUUCUUACGUACUCCAUUACUACACAAAAAGUAUACCCCUCCUCUCCUCUUCUCUCAGUUACCACUUAUCUCGCCAUCCAUUGGUGCCUGAGUCUUCCUGCUUUCUCCGUUGAACCGAGGUUGCGCAUUACUUUAAACCGGUCCAAUUGUUCCCUCAAACCACUUUUCCUCCCUCUUGAACAACUUGCGCACAUCCCUUCCCGACUAGAUAAUCUCGAAUCACAUCAUAAUGUCCACACACGACAACAACGGUGCUCCCCCCGUGGGACAGGAAAACAUCAACACAGACAUUGUCACCCUCACAAGAUUCCUGACCGAAGAACAAGCCAAAGUACCAGAAGCGACUGGUGACUUCACACUCCUCUGUCACGCUCUUCAAUUCGCUUUCAAGUCCAUCGCCUACUACAUCCGCCGUGCAUCAUUAAUCAAUCUGACUGGACUGGCAGGGUCUUCCAACACCACAGGCGAUGACCAGAAGAAGCUCGACGUAAUCGGUAAUGACAUCUUCAUCUCAGCCAUGCGCGGCUCAGGAAAAUGCCGCAUCCUCGUCUCCGAGGAAGAAGAAGAAGUCAUCGUGUUCGACGAGCACCCCUACGCCCGUUACGCAGUCGUCUGCGACCCCAUCGAUGGAUCUUCCAACCUUGACGCAGGCGUCUCAGUCGGAACCAUCUUUGGCAUCUUCAAGCUGCCCGACUCCGUCCUGGGUCCCGAGAACAAGGUCUCCCCCAAGGACCUCCUCCGUCCCGGUACUGAGAUGGUCGCCUCCGGCUUCACCAUGUACGGUGCCUCCGCACAGCUGGUGAUCACCAUGCAGGAUGGCGGCGUCAACGGCUUCACACUGGAAAACUCCCUGGGCGAGUUCAUCCUCACCCACCCUAACAUGAGACUCCCCGCCAAGCGCGCCAUCUACUCCGUCAACGAGGGUAACAGCUCGUACUGGGAGGAGUGGACCAACGCCUAUUUCCAUUCGCUAAAGUUCCCUCCCGAAGGCCAGAAGCCUUACAGCGCGCGUUACAUCGGUAGCAUGGUUGCUGAUGCUUAUCGGACUCUGCUCUACGGUGGUGUCUUCGCUUAUCCGGCCGACUCGAAGUCCCCCAAGGGUAAGCUGCGUAUUCUGUAUGAGUGUGCGCCUAUGGCCAUGCUGUUUGAGAAUGCCGGCGGUCUUGCUGUGAACUCUCGCAUGGAGCGCCUUCUGAGCGUUCAGCCUGAGCACAUCCAUGACAAGAGUGGUGUCUUCCUCGGCUCGAAGGAUGAGGUGCAGAAGAUCAUCGACACAUAUAACAAGUACAAGAAAUAAGCUGAGCGGUCUGGUGAUUCACCACUGGAUGGUAUUUUAAUGAGCAUUGUCAUGUGUACUUAAUGUAUGAAAAAAGUAAAAAACAUGUUUAACUAGAUAGUCAAAUAAACAUUUGAAAACAAACAAAACUGCAUUGUCUUGAGUUUACGUUACUAAUGCUUUGUUGAGCGCCGGAAUGGUUUUCUCGACCGGACACGGAAUGCGGAUAACAUGUACCAAAUUAAACCCGCCUCAUAGAAGGCACAAUCUUAUCAAGGGACUUAAACUCCUGGAGACUUAAGCUGCAGAUAGUACGUAGGACAACGCUUCAUACAUAGAAUAUACUUCUAAAUGGAAAAGGCGAUAGAGUUGCCCUGAGAUGUACAAAUAGCACAG